CUCAGAAUGCAAUUUAUCUAUUUAACUAAUAAAUGGAAUAUGUUGCUCAAGUAUAGCUCAGCAUAAUUGAAGCAAAGUACUCAAGUUCUUAGUUUGAGUUGUGUUGGAUAGCAGUGAUGUACUAUUACGAUGAAUCUAUAAGAAGUGCAUAAGUUUUAAAUGUGAAAUUUAUUGACACUCUUUCGCGAUGUUCGAUCUAAAAUUCAGCAUAAACAGAAGCAGUAGUAAAAUGUAUUUUUUUUGUGAGUGUUACUUAUAUUAUUUAUAAUAGCAUAGAAUUUAUUCACUGAAGACAUUAUUUGACAUUUCGGAAGAUAUUGUAGUAACAUUUGGGCACCAAUUGGUUUUUUGAGGAUGAUUUAUUUUCUUCUAACGAGAUCUGAUAGAUUUUAUAACAUUUACUAAGUUUCAAACAAUACCUUUUCAAAAAGUGAGUAGUGUAAAAAAUGUUGCAGAAUUCUCACUCGGCGUUCAAUGGAAACCCGUUGCAGAGUGGUGACUCGGAUAGUGGCAGUAUGAACGGCAAUGAUAAUGAACAAAUUAUUCCACUACUAAAAUGCAAACGGACGAGAAAAAGAGCUUCAACAAGUAAUAAUCUAACGAUUGAUCAACGAGCCAAAAAAGCCCGAAAUGAGGGUACGAGUGGCAUCGGCAGAAACAACAAGGUCAUUGAAAAAAGACAAAUAAAAGAAGGAUGCUCUAAUACAUGCCGUUUCAAAUGCGCUUCAAAAAUUACCUUCGAAGAUAGAAAAAAAGCAUUUUCGACCUUUUGGGAGCUUGCUGAUCGAACAAAACAAUGGUUGUGCAUCAUAGAGUGGACAAAUGUUCAAAAAUAUGAAGAUUACGAUUCAGAAGAUUAUAAAGUUAUGAAUAAAAAAGCUUUUAAACACACGUACGCUCUACCGAGCAAAAACGAGAACGUGAAAGUAUGUAAAAAAAUGUUCCUUGAUACACUGGGUAUAAGUCAUCAGUGGGUUGUGACUGCUUCUAAAAAAUGGGCAGAAUCUCAAUCUACGGGCAAAAUCAAUGAGUGCGCAAUUGGAAAACAUCGAAAUCGAACAAAUCAAAUUCCAGAAGAGCUUAAAAAUCUAGCUCGCGAUCACAUUACAUCUUUUCCGGUAAUGGAAUCUCAUAACUGUCUAGAGAAUACCCAACGAAAAUAUUUAGAGAACGGAUUAAGUAUUGCAACAAUGUACCGAUUAUUUGUUGAAGAAAGAAGACGGGCACUUGAUAUUUGUUUUAUUCAUGAACAAAUGUAUCGUGCAAUAUUUGUUAAGGAAUAUAAUUAUGGAUUCCUUAAUCCGAACGAAGAUAGGUGCGAUAAAUGUGGAGCAUUUCUAAAUAAAUCCGCUAGCAAGACAACAAAAAAUGAAGAGGAUUAUAAAAUACAUUUGAAAAAUGACAAAGAGUCCUGAAUGGAAGUGAUCAAUAAUCGAUUUCAAAAGAAACAAUCAUUAAUUUUGAUGGAGACCUCUAUUCAUUUUGAUUAACAAAAGGUUUUGAUCCACGGUGGAAUUCUACCAUGUGGCAAAUGCAUGAAAUAAAAUGAAACUGUCGGUGGCAGAAGCGUCCCUAAAAUUGAUUCGUUUUUAUGGCAAUUAAUGUAUCAAUAAAAAAAGUGAUAUAUAAUGUAAAUGAAACAAAAGGGUUCUACAAUGACAAAAAACUCUUAGUAACCGAACGGUUAAUGUACACUAUUAUAA